GAGAGACUGGAAAGAGGGGUCAGCAGGAGUGAGGCCACGGAGCUGGACAUCAACGGGAGGAACGGGCUGAUGGUCGCCUGCUAUAAGGGCUUUGUGGACAUCGUGCCCCUGCUGCAGAAGUGCCCCUACAUAAAUGUGAACCAGCAGGACAAGGAUGGGAACACGGCCCUGAUGAUUGCAGCCCAGGCAGGACACAUCACCAUUGUCAACUACCUCCUCAACUACUACCCCAUGCUGGAGGUGGACAAGAGGGACCACCGGGGCCUGACAGCACUGAUGAAGGCAGCGGUGCAGGGCCGGCAGGACUGCGUGACCGCCCUGCUCCUGGCUGGAGCAGACCUCCAAGCUGCAGAUCCCAUCAAAGGGAAGACAGCCAGGGAGUGGGCGUCCUUCACCGGGCGCUUCGAGACGAUCGUGCGGAUCCGGAGCCUCCUGAGGCACCCACGGGCGGAGCAGUUCAGCACCCGGUACCGACCCGAGUGGCCAGCCCUGCCUGAGCUGGUGGCCAAAGCCAUAAGUCCCAAAUCCCGGGGGAAGAGGCUGGCUGAGAAGAUCCAAUCCGUGUUCACCUUCAACAUCCCCCGCGACCCAGAGGAGGACGGUGUGAUGGACCACAUGGUGAGGAUGACCACCUCCCUUGCCAGCCCCUUCGUGGCCACUGCUUGCCAAACCAUCUGCCCUGACAGCCCCCCCGAGGUGGGGAAACGGAGGUUGUCUGUGCCAGAGAUCCUGGGGCAACACGUGCUGGAUCCAGAGGAUGAGACAGAAUCCAGCUCCUGCUCCUCCAGCCUGGCCUCUUGCAAUGGCCAAGUGAUGUCGGAAAUUCGGCUCCUGCCUCCACGCCAACCCCCCGGGGGCUUCCUGAGCUUCCUGCCCCGGCGCUUGAGGUUUGGAAAUAUGAUCUUCCCUGCAGAACCUGUCCCCAAAAUCAAAGUGAGCAAAGACUCCUCCCCCGGGGCCCCUUCCAAGGAGCACAGGAGGCGUGGGAAGGACAAGCACCUCCUGCAGCCCCCCAAGUGGAAGUACAAAGAGCUGAAGGAGGAGAAGAAAGCAGCCAAGAAAGAGGAGAAAAAGAAGAAAGAGGGGGAGAAAAAGAAGAAAGAGGGGAAGAAAAGUUAA